GCUUGCGCGUUGCGAUCAUAAAUAAUACGCUCCGUGUCGGAGUUCGGCGCAACACUGACUUUUUUGUCUCUACCUAAUUUUGCCCGCUUCUGUCCACGGUGUCGAUGAUGUUGCAAUAAUUGUUUCCGACCGUUCCACACGGCGAAAAUGCGAAAGUGUUCGAGGUAAAAAAAAUUCAUACCCUCGUACCGAUGUCUCGCACUUGGUCGUGGAGCACGAUGGACGCGUGAUAAACGCGAUGUUGAAUUAAAGUGAAGCUUCAGCUGCCCACGACGGCUCGUCGCGUUUGCUUAUGCGGUGUUCCUGAGGUUCCUGGCGAGGUUUGAGGCGAGUCUUCAUCGCGACUUACGUGCUGCACCUCGGGACAAUUUCCACUCCACGAGGUCGAAGGUCAACUGUCGAUAUGGUGUCCUCGUGGUGUUACUUCAUACUACCGGUGGUCCUGCUUAUCGGUUUGCUCCGCAAAUGCCGAGAGCGCACCUGGGGAAGAUGCAAGAGCACCAGCAGUCUGGAGGGCCGGGUGUUCCUCGUGACAGGCGCCAACUCCGGCAUCGGCAAGGAGACGACGAGAGAACUGGCCAAACGGAGAGCCACGGUUAUCAUGGCCUGCCGGGAUAUACAGAGCGCGAAGAACGUUAUAGCGGAAAUACGAAGCAAGAUACCUGCUGGUGAAUUGAUUCCUAUGGAAUUAGAUCUCGCGUCUUUCUCAUCAAUCAGAGACUUUGCCAAUGAAGUGCUAAAAAAGUUUCCCCAAAUUCAUGUAUUGAUCAAUAACGCUGGGGUAUAUGCGCCUCUCAAAGAUCAGGCAGUAACAAAAGAGGGCUUUGAGAUUCAUUUCGGAGUGAAUCAUUUGGGUCAUUUUCUGCUUACCAAUCUUCUUCUGGAUCGUCUGAAGGAAAGCGCUCCUAGCAGAAUAGUAGUAGUGACGUCCAAACUUCUGGAAUCUGGAGUAAUAGACUUAAAAAAUUUGAAUGGAUUCGAGAAAGGAUUGCCGAUAAAGAGCAGAAUGAACCCUGGUUACUGUAAUUCAAAACUUGCAAACGCAUACUUUGCUGUCGAGCUUGCGAAACGAUUGGAAAACACUGGUGUUAACGUUUAUAUGGUAUGUCCUGGAUUUACUUAUACCGGCCUGUUCAGGAAUGUGAAAAGAAGCUGGUUUCACUAUAUUAUUUUCUCGCCUGUUGCUCUUAUGUUUCUACGCACUGCGAAUCAGGGUGCACAAACGGUGUUGCAUGGUGCAACGGAACCAUCUUUAUCCGAGGAAAGUGGACGUUUGUAUCGUGAUUGUAAGCCUUAUGUCUCUAAAAAGGAACUAGAUCCACAAGUGGCAGGUGACUUAUGGGAAGUAAGCUUGAGAUUGACUGGUCUAAAAGAUACAAUAAAAAGAUUUGUAUGAAAUAAAAUGAGGAUUUAGGAUACAUGCGCAGUUGUACAUGUAAGAGACUGAGAACAAAAAUGCCAUCUCAUUCUGAUAUGGCAAGAUUGAAGAUUGCACGAGAUUCCUUUCUUUUUAUUUGACUGACCGGCUAAUUGCCAAAGAAGAAAACGCAGCCACUGUUAAAGGGAAAAUGACUCGUGGUGUAAAUGCAACUUCACUUAUUACAUACAAAUUGGAAAGCCCUUUGCUCUCCACUGUAAUAUCGCAAUUUCAAUUUUGUCAUAUUCCACAAGUGAUUAUUCGAUAUUUUUAUAUAUACAGCGAAUAUAUGUAUAUAGGAUAUAGACAAUGUCAAUGUGGCACAAUCUUAUUUCCAUUUUUUUAUGUAUUUAAAGUCGAUGAAUGAAUUUUCCAUAUGUAGACACAUAUAGCUUGAUGUACAUGUAUAUUUAUCUUUAUAGCUAGCGUCAUCCAUUAGCUACUUUCAAUAUAAAUUCUAUGAAUUACAAAUCCUGUACAAAUGCGGCCUUCUGCUCAUCUCGCGUCAAGCAGUAUCCGAUGUAAAUCAUCAAUUCUCAGAAAGUGAACAUAGAGAAAAUGUAUGUGUUUAGAAUAAAAGUCCAUAGGCAGCCUUUA